GUUCUAUUUGUACUAGACAGAAACAGGUUUCUUCUUACUUACCGGAUCCUAAAUCUGCUAUUUUUAUUGAAGACUUUAAGAAUGCCAAAGCUCUUGCGGAUUAUUUGAAAUAUUUAGUUAAAAAUGAGACUGCAUAUUUAGAAUAUCAUAAGUGGCGGACUAUGAAGUUGUAUGAUGAAUUUGAGAAGAAAUCAUACAUGAGUAUUUAUAAUGUCGAAUGUAACACUUGCAGAGAGGUUGCUAGGUUAAGGAUUCUUGAAGAAUAUAAUAAUACUGAAUACGAUAAUACUGUCUUGUAUAACCCAUGA